CGUUAUUUCAUUUAUUGUUAUUUUUCAAGUUAGUACAGUUUACAAAGAGAAGUUUUGGCAGAGAAGCUUGGAAGAAGCCAACGGAGGCAAUUGAAUUAGGUCAAAAUGGGAAGAACAUCAUCCACCAAGGAAGACGCCGGCGCCCUCUUCCAUUCUCUUCGAUCUGCUUACGCUGCUACCCCUGUCAAUCUCAAGAUCAUUGAUUUAUAUGUUGGUUUCGCAAUCUUCACCGCUCUGAUCCAGGUAGUUUACAUGGCAAUGGUGGGAUCAUUUCCUUUCAACUCAUUUCUUUCUGGAGUGCUUUCUUGUGUUGGAACAGCAGUCCUUGCCGUUUGUCUUCGUAUUCAAGUGAAUAAAGAAAACAAGGAAUUCAAGGAUCUACCACCUGAGCGAGCUUUUGCAGAUUUUGUUCUUUGCAAUUUGGUGCUCCAUUUAGUGAUCAUGAAUUUCCUUGGCUAAAUCACGCCUCCAGGUUUGCUGUGGACUGCUGGUGUAGUGGUUUCUGGCUGUGAUUCAUAUUUAAAGCAUGAAAUGAAAUUCUUAGGUCAUUAAUAUGAGUUUAUGCAUAUAGCGUAUAUGAUCAGGAAUUGUAGUAAGAAUUCAGUGGUGUCUUUAGUUAAAGAAUUUUGAAGUUGCUUGGAGAGGAACAGUAGACGUUUUAGUGUCAAUUUGCUUGUUCUGAUUCCUUUCUGUGUUCAUCUUUCAUACAAGGCAUUUUAUAGACUUCGGAUCUCUCUCUGAUGCUUAGCUUAACAAUCCUAAGUGCAUGCAUCGGGAUAUGGUUGGUAACGUUAAUUUUCUUCUAGUUUAUGAGUUGGAUGAACAUUUGAAAAGUAGUGAAUUUACGUGUUGUCGGUAA